AAUCCAGUUUGUCUUGUUCUUCAGCGUGGUGUGUAUGGGAUUGUAUGUAGUGCUUUACUUUCUGGGCUGUGACAACAUUCAGAUGGCUGGAGCUACUCUUCCCUAUUUUAACAGUCCCGAGCUUAAGCCAUUUGAAGUCAACCUGACAGCCGACUGUAACCUAGGAUGUCACUGUUCUCUGAAUGACAUACAGCCUGUCUGUGGUAAGAAUGGUAUCACUUACUUCUCGCCAUGUCAUGCUGGUUGUCGUCCUGAAGUUAGGCCCAGGCACAUUCUUGGUGGUGAGGUUAAGAAUUAUACCAGCUGUGCCUGUAUAAUUACUAAUAAAACCCUUGCCCAACAAGUUAUGGCCAUUCCUCUUGCCACAGCUGGACCUUGUCCACAUGCUUGUGAAGUGAUGAUUCCAUUCAUGGUACUACUCUUCUGUAUGACCCUUGUCGUCUCUAUCACACAGAUGCCUUUACUGAUGGUUACCUUAAGGUAGUGUGUGUGUGUGUUUUAUGUCUUCUAGCUACAAUUAA